AUGAGUGGCUAUAUUCCUUAUGGUCCUGGUAGCUGUUAUGCCCAGAGCCCCGCCGACAGUUCUGCUCAGAACACUGGCAGCACAUUCGACAAAGCAGAGGCUACCAGACGGCAGAGAGCGAUCGGGCAUAGACGCCAACGUUCAGAACUCAUCGGAUAUAAGUUCCCAGACCACAAGUCGGAACACUCAUUGGAACGUGAGACGGAGAAGGGUUCGCGACAGCGGCUAUUAAAGAAUGCUGGUCUAGACGACGGCCCGUACCCCUGGUUUUCUCGGCCCGUCCCCAGGACUGAUCAGUGGGCGAAGAGCAACGUCGACCAUUGGGAUCCUUAUCACCCAGAAUACGCGGGAAAUGACGAGAAUCGCGAGCUUCCAAGUGUCGAGCUGCCGCCUGCAGUUUCGCCGAUCUCUUCAUUCCAGCUCCUCGGCAUGACUGGCGAGGUGGCGCCCAGUCAGGAUUCCCAAGAGACAGCGUCAUCUCAAGGCCUUAACACGAGAACCUCCUCUUUUGUCAACCUGCCUAUCUUCGAGCCCACCCCCGUGACCAAGUCAAGAGCUCUUGUCACCUUCCACAAUGGCCGCUUUCGGAUCCGCCGUUGCUUCGCCUUUCGUCUGUCCCGCAAGAAGGUGACGCGUAUUAUCUACUCAAGCAUGGGCGUCAUGGUCGUGAACAUCAUCAUCAGCGCUGUGGUCUACAACACUACCACUUUGGAAGGUACUAUGAAGAUAGCAGUCCUCUCCUGGCUGGGAGGAAGUAUUCUCGUCUUGCUGGUCCUGCUUAUCUACAAUAGUGCACGAUGCAGCAGACUGCAGGAGUCAGGUGAUAACCCAGGAUAUAACAAGGACUGGGCUGAGCUAGGCGACAUAGUCGACGCUCUACCUCCUCCGAGUCGUGUGCGUCUUCACGACAAUGGCCUUGUCUAUCGUGCUCACGCCGCAGGUCAACUUCCAAGUUUGACUAAUGUGAGCUCCGUCUAUCCCAACCCGCCCAAGGCAGCCUCGAAGUCUAAGUCGAUGUUCGCGUGGUUGUACAAGUCCAAGUCGAAGGCUUCGGCAAAUGCCACGGAGAGUGACCAAGCAAUUCGAUGCGGCUGUGCGGUGUCGGGACAGCCAGGUCGCCCAGGGCCCUCGAUCGAGUCGCAGGGUUCCAUUCGAAGCACCAGCAUGCAAUACGGCGAAGCCGAUGGCAUUGGUAUUGCGCGAAGCGAUUCGCUGCGCAGAGAAGAAGAAAUGGCCAAUACUAUGAAGGAUCGUCAUCGCAUGCAGCAGCAACAGCAGGGGGCCCCGUCAGCAGAGACAUCCGCUGCGGCGUCGUCAGCCUCGCAGCGAGUUCCGACCUCGGUGCCCAACUUCAGUUUCCCUCUACCUCGUCGUCCCAGCCGAGAGCCCGAGCGAGAAUAUGGCUCAGGACUCCCUCCCCGUGAUCGCUGGUGCAAAGAGCCAUGCGGAAGCAUGAGCAACCUUCGAGAUGAUCAUUAUGGCAAUGAAGAUCCUGGUGCUUCUCCUGAAGAUUCAUCCGAAGUGGCUAGCGGUGGUAAGAUGCCGAAGCGCGUCUGCUCCCUUGCCGCACGCUUCAACGAGCUUACGCCUAUCACCGAGCGAUCAGGCGAGACCCUGACUCCUCGUAGCCUUCUUUUGUCUUCUCCACUCGAGGCUAUCCACUCAUCCUCGCCCCCUCCGGCGCACAUUCCUUACACGGGCUCGAACUUUUUCUAG